GUUUUAUUUUAAAUAUUUAUUUUUAAAUUUUAAAAAAGUUUUGCGUAGAAAGAGGAUAAUUGCCGUCCGGUGGAAUCCGGUGUAUCAGAUACGGCUACUGAGCAUGGGUGACGUGGAGCCGGUUGCCUCGUCGGAAUUGGUGCUGGCGCCAUUAAUUACCAUUUUAACCCUAAAAGCCUCUCCUCGUCCACGGGGAGUCGGAGCCGACUCCACAUCUUUCCUCCUCUGCCCGUUCUCUUUCCCUCUCUCGCUCUCUCUCUCGCUCUCUCUCUUCUUUGAUUGCUAGGGUUUUGGCGCUUGAUUCUUCUGGAUGAGGCAGGCGGGUCCUUACGCCAACGACAGGCCUCAGUUGAGGCCAGCCGGUGCGCGGAGAGGCUUUGUUCCGGCAAACUUCAGGUCAGUACGGCCUCCGUUCCAGCAACGGAGAGAAUAUGGGUUCCCGCCUCCGGUAGACCCCUUGGACUUCCAUAAGGAGGAUUCGAACUUCCUCGUCGAUCUUGUGUGCGCCGGCGGUGGGUCGCGGAGGACGGAUGUGGAGGGCUUAAUCUCCAAAUGCAAGUCGGUGCCGGAGAAUUUUGUCGUUUAUGUGUCGGGUACUGUGGCAGCGAGGCUUUUUUUCGGGCAGUGGGUUGAGGCGCGAGAAGCUAUGGUUUCGUUCUGGGAACUGAGGCUCGACGGUGCUCAUCUUUUCACUCCGAGCAUCAAAUCGAGUGUUUUGUUGCCGUCAGACGUUGAGGAGCUUCGGGAUGCGCUUAAAUCCCUAUUUGCGGACCGUGUUCGGGGGUUUCUCGACGGGGACGCGGUGAAAGUGUGGCGCAAGAAGCUGGAACAUGUCCUCAACGAGAUGGCAGAAGUUUCAAGUUUGCUUGGAAAGCCGAAUAAACCUGGCGUGGCUGAAGAGCUCGUGAAUCAGAGAAAGGGGCUUAUUUGUGAGAGGGAUUUGAUUUUGAAUAGGAUAAACGAGUUUAAGUCUGCUAUGAGCUGUAUACUCGCUCAUCUUGAAGGAAAAAAAUCACAAGACGGCAAUGGUGAAGGAUUGGAGGUAUUUAGGUUCGAAGGUGAUUUCAACUGGAGUAGAAUUCAUUGCCUGAUGCUGCGGGAGUGUAAGCGGCUUGAGGAUGGUCUGCCAAUUUACGCUUUCCGCCAACAAAUUCUCCGCCAAAUUCAAUCCCAUCAGAUAAUGGUGUUGGUUGGAGAGACUGGUUCAGGAAAGAGCACACAGUUGGUUCAAUUUCUUGCUGAUUCAGGUGUAGCUUCCACUGAGUCCAUUAUAUGCACUCAGCCUCGUAAGAUUGCUGCCAUCUCGUUGGCACGCAGGGUUGCAGAAGAAAGUAGUGGGUGCUAUAAAGAUAAUUCAAUUAUCUGCUGUCCUGCAUAUUCAUCAAUUCGACAAUUUGACUCCAAGGUAAUAUAUAUGACUGACCACUGUUUACUGCAGCACUACAUGAGUGAUAAGAAAUUUUCUGGGAUUUCAUGCAUUAUUGUUGAUGAGGCUCAUGAAAGAAGCUUGAACACUGAUCUCCUUUUGGCAUUGGUUAGAGACUGUCUUCUUCAAAAUCAUGAUUUGAGGCUUCUCAUAAUGUCUGCCACAGCUGAUGCAAAGCAGCUUUCAGAUUAUUUUUUUGGUUGUAAUACCUUUCAUGUGGUCGGGAGAAGCUUUCCAGUUGAUCUCAGGUAUGUUCCUUCUGAGUCUGAAGGAUCUUCUGGUUCUGGUAUUGUUGCUUCAUAUGUUUCUGAUGUUUUGAGGAUGGUGGCCGAGAUCCAUAAAACAGAGAAAGAAGGGACCAUUCUUGCCUUUUUAACUUCUCAGAUGGAAGUGGAAUGGGCUCGUGAAAAUUUUAGGUCUGCUUCUGCAGUUUCUUUAGCUUUGCAUGGAAAACUUUCAUAUGAAGAACAAUUUCGAGUUUUCCAGAACUAUUCAGGGAAAAGAAAAGUUAUAUUUGCCACAAAUCUUGCUGAGACAUCAUUGACUAUUCCAGGUGUUAGAUACGUGGUUGAUCCAGGCAUGGUUAAGGAGAGUCGGUUUGAACCUGGAUCUGGCAUGAAUAUCCUCCGAGUUUGCAGGACCAGCAAAAGUUCUGCUAAUCAACGAACCGGCCGUGCUGGGAGAACAGAACCUGGAAAGUGUUACAGGCUCUACUCAGAAGGUGAUUUUGAAUUGAUGCCGCCACAUCAAGAACCCGAGAUUUGUAGGGUUCAUCUUGGUGUCGCUGUUCUAAGGAUUCUUGCUUUGGGAAUGAAGAAUGUCCAAAAUUUUAAUUUUAUUGAUGCACCUAGUGCCAAAGCCAUUGACAUGGCCACUAGGAACCUGAUUCAGUUAGGAGCUAUUACUUGGAAAAAUGAGGAGUUGGAAUUAACUGAGGAUGGUCAUCACCUGGUUAAAUUGGGUAUUGAGCCGCGGCUUGGUAAACUAAUUCUUGGUUGCUUUAGGGAUCAGUUGGGUAGAGAAGGCCUUGUUCUUGCUGCUGUUAUGGCGAAUGCCAGUAGCAUAUUUUGCAGGGUUGGUAAUGGUGAGGAUAAGCUAAAAUCUGACUGCCUCAAGGUGCAAUUUUGCCACUGCAAUGGUGACCUCUUUACCCUGCUCUCAGUUUACAAGGAAUGGGAGAGUUUGCCAAGUGAGAAGAAAAAUAAAUGGUGUUGGGAGAACAGCAUCAACGCCAAAUCUAUGAGGAGAUGCCAUGAAACUGUGAUUGAAUUGGAGCAGUGCCUCCAAAAUGAAAUUAAUUUCAUAAUUCCAAGUUACUGGCAUUGGAAUCCUCAUCAGCUUACUUUUUAUGAUAAAAAAUUGAAAAAAAAUAUUCUCUCUUCCCUUGCGGAAAAUGUAGCCAUGUACUCUGGAUAUGAUAGACUUGGUUAUGAGGUAGCUUUAACUGGACAGCAUGUUCAGCUCCAUCCUUCAUGUUCGUUGUUAAUAUUUGGUGAGAAGCCACAAUGGGUAGUCUUCAGUGAGAUCCUAUCAAUUUCUAACAAAUAUUUGGUCUGUGUAACUGCAUUUGACUUUGAAUCUAUAUCAACCCUCUUUCCUCCGCCAUUGUAUGAUGUUGGUAAGAUGGAGAGUCAGAAGCUGCAGGUGAGGAUAAUCAGUGGCUUUGGGAGUACUCUCCUAAAAAAGUUUUGUGGUAAGUUCAACAAUAGUCUGCAUCAACUUGUUUCACGUAUCCGGACAGCUUGUAUGGAUGAAAGGAUUGGCAUUGAAGUCAAGAUUAAUCAGAAUGAGAUUCUGUUAUAUGCUUCUUCACAUGAUAUGGAGAAGGCUUUUUUCCUUGUAAAUGAUGCACUGGAGUAUGAACGUAAAUGGCUACAGAACGAAUGCACAGAGAAAUGCUUAUAUCAUGGAGGACCUGGUAUCUCUCCUUCUGUGGCUCUGUUUGGAGCUGGUGCUCAGAUCAAGCAUCUGGAACUUGAAAAGAGAUGUUUGACUGUUGAUGUAUCUUAUUCAAAUGUGAACUCUAUUGAUGACAAGGAGUUAUUGAUUUUCUUUGAGAAAUAUACCUAUGGCAGUAUUUGUGCGAUCCACAAGUUCACUGGCAGUGGACAAGAUAGUGAGGACAAAGAAAAGUCUAGCAAAAUAACAUUUCUUUCUCCUGAUGCUGCUAGAAAAGCUGCCGAGCUAAAUGGUUUUGAAUUCAAAGGUACCAUUUUGACUGUAAUUCCUUCUCGAAUGUAUGGAGGUGAUCAUAAGAUGUUCUCUUUUCCUGCUGUAAAAGCAAAAGUUUAUUGGCCUCGUAGGCGCAGCAAAGGGUUUGCUAUUGUUAAAUGUAAUGUAAGUGAUGUUAGUAUUAUGGUUGCUGAAUUCUCUAGCCUGUAUAUAUUGGGAAAUAAUGUUCGUUGUGAGGUUGGUCAGAAGUCUGCGGACAGCGUUGUGAUAAGCGGAAUUGACAAAGAUAUUUCAGAAGCUCAAAUUUUAGAUAUUCUGAGGAAAGCUACGAAUAGGAGAAUUCUAGAUUUUUUCUUGGUGAGAGGAGAUUGUGUAGAAAGUCCACCCUGUGGUGCUUGUGAAGAAGCACUUCUUAAAGAGAUCUCUCAUUUCAUGCCUAAAGGGAACCCUCAUGGCAAUCGUUGCCGAAUUCAUGUCUUCCCACCCGAACCGAAGGAUUGUUUCAUGAGAGGUAUGAUCACAUUUGAUGGAAGACUACAUUUGGAGGCAGCAAAAGCUUUAGAACAAAUUGAAGGGAAGGUAUUGCCUGGAUGUUUUUCGUGGCAGAAGAUAAUGUGCCAGCGGUUGUUUCAUAGCUUUGUAUCCUGUCCUGCACCUGUCUAUUUUGUAAUCAAGAAGCAACUGGAUUCUUUACUUGCAAGAUUUAGGCGUCAAAAAGGUGUAGAGUGCAAUCUGGACAGGAAUGAGAAUGGUUCAUAUCGAGUUAAGAUAUCUGCAAAUGCUACAAAAACUGUGGCAGAACUGAGAAAACCUCUGGAAGAGCUCAUGAAAGGAAAGUCCAUGGAGCAUUCCAGCCUCACUCCAACCAUUCUUCAGCUUCUCUUCUCCAGAGAUGGGAUGGUACUGAUGAAGUCAAUUCAGCGAGAGACAGGAACCUUCAUUAUUUUUGACAGGCAGAGCUUAAAUGUGAAAGUAUUUGGUCCUGCGGACAAAAUUGUUGUUGCUGAGCAGAGGUUGAUUCAAUGUCUCCUGACCCUCCAUGAAAGUAAGCAACUUGAAAUCAGUCUCCGGGGAAGGGAUCUACCUCCUGACCUGAUGAAGCAAGUCGUUAAGGUAUUUGGACCAGAACUCCAUGGGCUCAAAGAGAAGGUUCCUGGGGCUGAGUUUACUCUUGAUGCCCGCCGUCACAUGAUCUACAUUCAUGGUAAUAAAGAACUGAAGCAAAAAGUAGAACAUGCAGUUCAGGAAAUUGCAGAGAUGACAAGUGGUGGUCAUUCAGCUGAGAGGCUUGAUGGUGAAGUCGCUUCCUGCCCUAUUUGCCUGUGUGAACUGGAGGACAGCUACCAGGUGGAAGCUUGUACACAUUCCUUCUGCCGGCUGUGCUUGGUGGAGCAGUGUGAAUCUGCAAUAAAAAACCAGGACGGUUUCCCAGUCUGCUGUGCUAAUGAAGGUUGCAGGGCUCCCAUCUUGCUUACGGACUUGAGGUCCCUACUGUCGUGUGAUAAGUUGGAGGAGCUUUUUAGGGCUGCCAUGGGAGCAUAUGUAGCAUCAAGUGGGGGCAUGUACAGGUUUUGCCCCUCACCGGACUGCCCUGCAGUGUACCGAGUGGCAGAUCCAGGAACAGACGGGGAGCCUUUUCUGUGCGGGUCAUGCUAUGCGGAGACUUGCACUAGGUGUCACAUGGAGUACCAUCCAUUCCUUUCAUGUGAGAGGUACCAGGCAUACAAGGAAGACCCAGACUCCUCUCUGAAGGAGUGGUGCAAGGGAAAGGAAAAUGUCAAGCUGUGUCCUGUCUGUGGACACACAAUUGAGAAGGUGGAUGGGUGCAACCAUAUAGAGUGCAGGUGCGGGAAGCACAUCUGCUGGAACUGCUUGGAGUUCUUCGGGACUAGCGAUGACUGCUAUGGCCAUUUGAGGUCUGUACACCAAGCCAUCAUAUAAACAUAUGAAUCUGAAACAAGCUAGGGCCUGUUCAGUUGUGAACAAGAUUAAUUUUUCAUUUCCAGAUUUUCAAAUACUUAUCAAAAAUGUCACCGUGUUUUUUAAAGAUUUCUAUAGGAAAUCUAGAAACCAAAUACAAAUUUUAGAGAAACUAGAAACAAGGUGGCAUUUUUUGUAAUUAUUUGAAAAGUGGAAAUGAUAAAAAUGGAGCUGUUUUCCUAAGCAUGGCCUUAAUGUUUAUAUGACUUGCCAUCUGUGUAUAUAUAAAUUGUGUAUAGAGUAAAACCAUCAUAUGUGCAUGUUCAGUCCAUCAGCAUCUGACCUCAAGGGCCACUUAAGGAUUGCACUCUUGCCCUUUAUUUCUGUUCCUUUCACCCAUUUGUUAAAGAGUAGUACUAAUCCAGAAUAUGGUAUCACAGUGUGUGCCUUACGAGCC